AUGGCAACUGCAACUAAAAUUAGUCAGUUAAAAUUAGAUGAACACGGCGGCGCCGGUGCGGCGGCUGCGGGGGCGGCCUCGGCGGCGAAUCUGAAUGCUGUGAGGGUGACCAUGGAUGUUCUGCUUGAGAUUUCAAGAAUUUUGAAUACUGGCUUAGAUAUGGAAACUCUGUCUAUUUGUGUACGGCUUUGUGAACAAGGAAUUAACCCAGAAGCUUUAUCAUCAGUUAUUAAGGAACUUCGCAAGGCCUCCGAAGCACUAAAGGCUGCUGAAAAUAUGACAAGUUGACUUUCUGGAGAAAUCCUGAUGAGAUAUGUCCAGCUCUGCAAGAGGAUUUAAAGAUUGCAUUGUAGUCAGGAAUGUAGAAUGAACUUCAUGCAGCAGUAUAGAAAUAUUUUGUUUUUGUUUUUGUUUUUUUAAGAAUUAUAAACUAUAGCUGUAUAAAUCAGUGGAAAGCGGCUUAAGAGAGAACUAUCAAAUAUGUUUACUUCGCAUCAUAUUCAUUUUUUUUUAAAGGCCCUAAUGCUUUGGCAUUGCUGUGUUCAUAUUUAUGUAUUCCUUAUUUAUAGCUCUGAUAGCUUUAAUUUUCUAAGCAGUCUGUCUAUAAAAUGUGCACAUCACUGUGAUUGGUUGAGUCUAGUGGAACCCAUCAGUAGUGAUAAAGUAAUAAUGACUUGUUAACAUUUCCAUUAUAAACUUUAAUUUUGAAUUGUUUAUGCAUAAUAAUUGUGGAUUUAGUUGUGUUGAGCUGUAAGUUGACAAUUGCAGCCACCAUUUGUGAAUUUUUAUUUAGAUUCAUUAUGAAUAUUAGAAUUUUUUUAUUUUAAAUAAGAGCAUAGAAAGCAUUUCUUGUGUACUCUUUAAUGAAGAAUGUUUAGUUUUAUAAACAUAAAGUUUGGCUGGCUGUUAAUGUGAAUCAGAUCAUUUUUAUACUGAAAAAUAAAGCUUAGAAACUUAGAUUUAAAACUAAUGAUAGUGCUUAACUUAGUAUUAUUUGUAGUUUUAUUCAUUUAAAUCUAAUGAGAAUGUUUUACUUUCUAAGUUUUACACCCUAUAAAUGAAGGUCUAAAAAAAUAAUUUAUAAAGUGAAAUAUGGCCAACAUGCAAAAUUCCCUUU